AUGGCGGGCAACGGGGCAGGCAUCCGCUGGGCCGACGACGACGACAAGCGCGUCACGUCGGACCACACAGCGCACACCGAGGCCGCGCUCCUCCACGCGGACUCGGGCAUGCCGCCCGUCGCGGGGCCGCUGCCGUCGGUGGGGCCAACGAACGGCCAUGACGAUCCCGUGAAGCAGCCGCGGCAGAUCCACAGCAUCGCGUACCGCACCGGGACGCUGGACAGGCAGCUGGUGGCGGUGCUGGAGGCGCUGGACCUGGACGGGAGCGGCACGAUCGGCAUUGCGGAGAUCAAGGCCGCCGCCGAUCGCCUCUCGUUUGAGCGCGGCGUACGCAAGGGCCUGACGAUCGGGGCGGUCGUGCUGGUCGCCGCGCUGCUGCUCUUGGUCGGCGUGACGUUCGGCGUGACGCUCGCCGCGGCGCAGCUCAGCCGGGAGCUGGAGACGGACGGCGACGUCCUGGUGUCGCACAGCGGCGGCGUCGUGUCCACGGGCGCCGGGGCCGUGGCCGUGACCCCGCGCGCGACCACCGACGCCGCGUUCGCUGCGUCGGCGCUGGUGCCCGACGGCACGUUCGCGGUGGCCGCGUUCGUGAAAGGCGACUUCGUGGCACGCGCCUGCGCCAUCCGUGCCGCGGGCCACACCGCACUGACCAUCACUGUCGGCGAGGGGGCGGGCUUUUUCCGGUAUCCCACAUCAACGCUGCGCGACGUGUGUGUGGCGCGCGCGGCGAACGAGACCGACGUCAGCCUCUUCGCGGCGCCGUCGCAGUCCGACCUCGGCCUGAGCUGCCAGCCCGACGGCACGCAGGACGCCUCCUGCGCCGUGCUCGCGCGCCGCCCGGCCGCCGCCGCGGGUCGCCGCCGACGCCUCACCGCGGACUUCGAGUCCCUGGCUGCGCGCGCGCGCACCGUGGCCUCCGGGACCGUCGAGCGCACGUUCUACCUUGCGUUGCCCACGGACAAGAGGGAGUUUUACGACUGCGAGGACUGGGUGCCUCAGAACACACACCAGGUCGACGACGACGACGGUUCGGGCUCCGACUCCGACUCCGACGACGAAGACGACGUCACGGAGCUGCAGUGCGCGCGCAGCGCCUUCCUCGAGAUACAGGGCGGGGACUACCCCUACGUUUUCGCGGACACCAUGCUCGAGAACGCGCUGUCGCCAGGAUGCUCCGAGGAGGACAAAAAGGGCUGCCGGGGCGACGCGGCGAGUCUCACGGGGCACGAGGUCGCCGCGAGCGCGCCGGCGACGCACGCCGAGUACCUGCUCCGCGCGAAUCGUGCCCUCAACGCGCGGCCGGUCCUCCGCGUGACGUUUCCGGCCGCCGACGCCGUCGCGGAGCCGUCGCGGUACACGAACGCGUGCAACGACCUCCCCGCGAUGUUCAGCGGCCUCCUGAUCGUGGCGCAGCGGCCGUCCAAGGGCUCCCGGCCCGCGCCGGUCUUCGACAGCGGCGCGCUGUCCAAGCGGCCAUCGCGGCUCCGCACGUACGAGAUGAGCGCGUACGCGUGGGCGGAGCAGGACAAGGAGCUGCGGCGGCCCGCGUUCGUGCACGCGGGCAUCCGCGAUGGGUGCCACUCGUUCGACAUUGGCGACGCGACGCGCGUGCAGGCGACGUACGCCUACUUCGACCUCGUCGGCGAGGGGGGGCUGUCGGCGACGGACCACUUCACGCUGGUGUUUCGGGGCGGCGCCGAUGCCGGCACGGCGUGGGACAACAUGGUGGCGAUCGAGCAGCGGCUGCUCGGGCUGCAGGAGCGCAGGCAGAAGGAGCAGGAGUGCGCGGACAAGCAAAAGGACUGA